AUGACCAGGGUCGAUCCCCAAGAAAGAAAGAUGAUUGAUGACAUCGACUUCAGAAACAUGAUAAUGGCAGUGAUUCUGACUCACUAUCCCAAGAACCCAGAAAAAAUGGACGAGUUGAUGUCUCCAGCUUAUCCGAAGGAAGUCCGUACGUACGGCACAGCCGAUUACCCAUUAUUUGGUUUCAACGGCAAUCCUGAAUAUCCCUUGGGUAAGAUCACAUUACCAAUACAGGCAAGUACCAGAUCAAUAGACGUAGAAUUUCUGGUCGUUAAACUCCCGUCACCAUACAAUCUCUUCAUAGGAAGGACUUGGUUGCAUACCAUACAGGCUGUGCCGAGCAUCUACCAUCCACUACUCCGCUUUCCAACCGAGUAUGGCAUCGAGCAAAUUUGGGGUUCUCAGAAAUCGGCACAGGCUUGCUAUCUUAUUGCUACGAUAAAGAGGCCAAAGGAACAAGAAGUAAACUUGAUUAAAGUACCGGAUCAAGAGAGCCUCGAGGACAUUGGGAAAAUCCCUAGUGAAAAGACAACUAAAGACCUUGAUCAGAUUGAAAUCAAUGGAAGUCUUGACAAAUUCUUCAUGAUCGGCACCUCUUUGAGCGAAGUUGAUAGACGCGAGCUGGUAUCCUUCUUACUCAGCAACCUUGAUGUGUUUACAUGGACAUCAUGCGAGAUGCCAAGGGUGGAUCCAAUCAUGGCCCAGUAUUGUUUAAACGUCGAUCCAAAAGUCAAACCAAUCAUUCAGAAAAGUCGGCAGUCAGCUGCUGAGCAUGCAUCGGCCGUUGUUGGUGAAGUCAACAAAUUGCUUGAUGCUGGGGCAAUUCAUGAAGUCACUUAUCCCACAUGGCUGUCCAAUACCAUGGUUAUAAAGAAGAAAAAUGGAUCUUGGCGCAUUUGCGUCGAUUUCACGGAUUUGAACAGGGCCUGUCCAAAGGAUUGUUUUCCUCUUCCCAAAAUCGAUCAACUUAUGGAUGCAACGGCACAUCAUUAG